UUUACGUCAAAGUCCAAAGUCUUCAUGGAUAUAGAACAGUCCUCAGUAAAUAUGCCAGUGAGUUCCGAUACGGCAUUAAAGAAUAUUAUCAUACAAGCGACAAGAACCCUCUGUGACAUUAAUACAAAGUUAGGCAUGAAAGUUGAGAACAAGGAAGCUUCAAUCGCCCAAAGAGAUCAGAUGAUCGCCAAUAGAGACGCCGAAAUCGCUGAACUUAAAAUAAGGCUAAACGAGCUCGAAAAAUUUAUUCAAACCACGAUGGAGGGAUCUUUUAUAGUAGUAGAAGGACAAGUUUGUAUAAUCAUCAACAAACUAAUAGUAAUAGUUCAAGUUCUCCGAAAGAUACUGAGUUUACCAAAAUGCCAAAACUAUGUGACUGGUGAAAAUGGAAAUGUCAAGAAG